AGCAGCUCUGUGGACAGGAGAGGAAAUUCAGUUUGGACCAAGAGGAGUCGGAACAUCCGCAGAUAAAAGAAGAGCAUCAAAAGCCAGAACAUCCCUGGAUAAAAGAGGAAACCAUGGAGCUCCCCAUAAGUGAGCAGAAAGAACAGCUUGUUAAAGAUACAAGAGAGAAACCUUUCCCAUGUUUGACAUGUGGAGAAAACUUUCUUAAAAAAGAGCAUUUAAUGGUUCACAUGAGAACUCACACAGAUCAGAAGUUUUUUUGUCUCUCCUGUGGAAAAUUUUUCACAAAGAAAUCUAGACUUGAUAAACAUAUGAUGAUUCACAAAGUUGAGAAGCCUUUUGAAUGUCUGUCCUGUGGAAAAAGUUUCACUAACAAAUCUAAUCUUGAUAAACACAUCAGAAUUCACACUGGUGAGAAGCCUUUUUCGUGUACCAUUUGUAACAAUAAAUUUACUCAAAAGAGUCAUUUGACUACUCACAUGGCAAUUCACAUAGGUGAGAAGCCUUUUGAAUGUCCGUCCUGUGGAAAAAACUUCACUUACAAAUCUAAUCUUGAUAAACACAUCAGAAUUCACACUGGUGAGAAGCCUUUUUCGUGUACCAUUUGUAACAAUAAAUUUACUCAAAAGAGUCAUUUGACUACUCACAUGAUAAUUCACAUAGGUGAGAAGCGUUUUGAAUGUCCGUCCUGUGGAAAAAGCUUCACUCAGAAAGCUCAUCUUGAUACACAUAUCAGAAUUCACACUGGUGAGAAGCCUUUUGAAUGUCUGUCCUGUGGAAAACGCUUCACUAACAAAUCUGAUCUUGAUAAACACAUGAGAAUUCACACUGGUGAGAAGCCUUUUUCCUGUACCAUUUGUAACAAUAAAUUUACUCAAAAGGGUAAUUUGACUUCUCACAUGAGAAUUCACACUGGUGAGAAGCCUUUUUCCUGUACCAUUUGUAACAAUAAAUUUACUCAAAAGGGUAAUUUGACUUGUCACAUGAGAAUUCAUACUCGUGUGAAGCCUUUUGAAUAAGUCACAGCAGUUAGAUGCCACAGGAAUGAACAGUAGAGGUGUUUACCAUGUUUGGCUGGUGAUAUAUGUCCAUCUAGAAAUUCCUUCACCUCAUUAGGUGAGAAACUCCAAGUCUUUUUUUUUUAGGCAAGUUUUGAGAUUAAUUAACAGCUCUGUUUACAUAGAAACUAGAAUAGAUAAGGUGUUAUAUAGUAAAUCAGGUAAAUACUCAGGUCCCGGGUGAAUAUUUGGAAGUGAACAUUUGAAAGUUAAUUAUUUUGGACCUGAGUAAAUUAGAUUUAAAUGGCCACUACAUGUUUAAAUUUAUGAUUUCUUAUUUUUUCUGUAAUGAGGGGAAUAAACAUAAUAAAGUGCAACAACAACAUAUUAGUUACAGAUGAAGCAAGUUUGCUGUCCAUAGAACAAGCAAUUGAUAAGUUUAAAUUGUAAAUAAAAAAAUCAAGGCAGACCCAUACUGAGCAACUUUGGC